AUGUCCCAAUUGGAGAUCCUCAAAGAGUAUUUCCACAGAUUAGAGAUGGACAAUCGUAACUCGACAUACAAAGUCUGCUCCUACUUCAACUUUAUUGUUGGUUCGGGUGGUGGCGGCGUCAUUGCGAUACUACUUGGAGUUCUUGGUAUGGAGCUUGAUCAGGCCUCCCGUGCAUUUGGUCAGAUGUGCCGAGCGACGCUACUGGGAGAGGCCUGUGCUCUCGCUCCAGAAGAGCGAACUCGGCGACUAGAGCAGGUGAUCAGGGAUAUAUUAGCAGAGCUUCAAGUACCAGAGGAUAGACGGCUCAACAGUGACGUCGACUUGGCAGAUGGAUGCAAAGUAGCCAUAGCAUAUCAAUCUGCGGCGCAACUCGGUCCAUGCAAACUCUUCCGCAACUAUGACAGCCGUCAUCGCUCGCACAAUCCGACUAUUCUUCAAGCCAUGCUAGCUGCAUGGGCCACCCCAGGCCUCUUUUCCUCGACAAAGGUUACUACCGAUAUUGCAUACGAAGACGUAGUCAGCGCCGCGAGUGGGCACAGCAAUCCAAUCUUUCAGGCGAUUCGUGAGGCGUAUGAAGGCUAUGGUUCAACUCAACGAGUAUCUUGCAUUCUCAGUCUGGGUUCCGGAAGCCAUGUCUCACGGGUCCCCGAAAAGGGGCACAAGGCCAUGGUUGCGCGCUAUGCGCGAGAUGCAGUCCUGACGGCGGAUGACGCCCAACGACGGCUGGGUGCUAGUGGGAAAUAUUUUCGACUGUCUGUCACACCGGCGAUUGAGGAUGACUCGAUCACUGAGGAGAAUCCUUUUGGGAUGAUUGCAUCCAGCACAUCGACCUAUCUUUCGUUGAGUCACCAAGACCAACUGAUUGAUACAUGCCUAAAUAUGGCAACCAUGAAAGGCGGUGUAGAUCUUGAAGCACUCGCACAAGUGCGAGCUGAAAUGACUGCAUCAACGCACGGUCUCCCACCGCUUUCUCCGUUCUUUGUGAGACGCCAAGAACCAAUGGCUCGCAUUUUUGAGGGCGUCAUUUGUGGCCGAACGUUGGGCCAAACUGUCAUGGUCAUCUCGGGUCUAGGCGGAAGCGGAAAGACGCAGCUUUGCAUCCAGUUUGCACUACAGUAUGGUGACCUGUUCCAGCACAUCCUUUUUAUUGACGCAUCCUCUGCAAGGAGUAUCGAGGAUGGACUUUUGGCCCGGGUACGAUCCGUCGUACCAUCUUUUCGUGGAAUCGACUUUCAUGAUGCCAUGGACAUGCUCGAGAAUCCAAAUAGCAAGCUCACCUCCCGUUGGCUCAUCAUUUUCGAUAAUGCGGACGACGACGGCGUGAGCAUUCAAGACUACAUGCCGAAUUGCCGGCAUGGCUCGAUCAUUAUCACAACCCGGAAUCCAUCACUGGGGACCCUUUGCCCUGAAACGCAUCUCGUUCUCGAUGUCAUGUCGGGAGAGGAGGCCACAGAUGCCCUACUUUCAUCCGCAUUGGCAGCCACCGAGGAGAGGACACCCCGGCACACGGAGAUGGCAAGUAAGAUUGUCGAGCAGCUGGGCAAUCUUCCAGUCGCUGUCGUUCAAGCUGGGUGCUAUAUCAAGAAGCAGCGCUGCUUUUGGAAUUAUCUCGUGCGUCUCAAUGCGAACCGCACCAAAAUUUUGCGCCAUCACACUAUCCAACGAGAUAAGCUCAAAUAUAAUCAUGGGGCAUACAACGCAUUCGACACCACGCUUCGAGUGCUUUCGUCACGAGCGCUCAAUCUCCUCAGCAUCCUCUCCUGCAUGCAUUUUACCAACAUCCCUCGCGAAUUAUUCAUUCUCGCUGCGACGUACCGUUUCGAAUACCAGCCUUUUGAUCUCGCGCCACGGUCUGAUGAAUUCCAUCAGUCCGUAUCGCUCCUGCAGGAGACGCUGUCUCCGAGUCAAGAUGCACAAUUAUAUGAGAGUGAUCUAGAAGAGGUGUUAGAUGAACUGUAUCAGUACUCACUGGUCAGCUUUGUUCCGGUGCACUCUUGGAUUACCAUUCGCCUGCAUCCAUUACUUCAUUCGUGGGCCGGCGAUCGACUGACGGCCCAAGAACGUGGGAUGUUUCGCGCAGUUACUGCCAGGCUGCUCGCAUGUUGCACAAACGAGAUCGAUGCGCAUAUUCGAACCCAUAUGUCGCCACAUGUUACGGCUAUCUUACCAUUCAUGGCAGAGCUUCAUAUCAAUGAACGCGCUGCAUUCUGCCGAUUAAUCAGGUACGACAGGAAAUACACUCUGCUGGUCUCGACAUGGGAAGCUAUUUACGAAGAGGUCGAAAAGGCCUAUGGCGACCAGGACAUGCGAACAAGCACAGUAGCUCUGAGGUUGGCUGAUGCAUAUGGUCAAAGCGGGGAUACACCCAAGAUGGAGGAGAUGGAGCGUGCAAUCGUGGCCAGUCGCUCUGCGUUGCAUGGUUCUGAUAGCCUUGAAGCCGUGGACGCACUCCUCAACCUCGUGCGUACUCUCGCAUACCACAAGAGCGAGUAUAAAGAGGCGGAAGAGGCAGCGCGAAAGACUUUAGAAGUUCGCAGAAAGCUCCUAGGGUCGAAACAUUUAGACCUCUACGAACCCCUUUUCAAUCUCGGUUCAAUCCAGCAUUUGAGCGGGCAAUAUUCGGAGGCAGUAGAAACACUCCUUGAAGCUGUCGCUUUGUCAACAGCUCUCCUUGGGCGGGAACAUCCCCAGACACUCAAUGCAUUACACGCACUCGCUGUUUGCCACGAAGCACAAAAGAAUCCCGAUGCUCAGACAAUCAUGCAAGAACUCUACAAUACAAGAGAGAAGGCUCUUGGUCCGAAACACCCCGACACGUUGACUACUCUUCAUCAGCUUGCGGAAUCAUGCUACAGCAUGGGUAAUCACACACAAGCCGAGGAAUUCUUCAAACGAGAGCUUAGAAUUAGACGAGAAAGCGAUGGACCUCAAGGGAUCAAAACCAUCACUACCAUCCACUGGCUUGCUUGCGCUCUUUAUCAGCAAGAAAGAUACUCCGAAGCCGAAGAGCUAUUCAAAGAAGAAGCUGCCACACGCUCGGCACGCGGUCUCGACGCGAUGAAUGCGAAACUUUGGGUCGCUGCCGCGAUUUUCUUUCGCCAACAAGAAUCUGAAGAGGCUGAGCAGCUUUUCAGGGAUUAUACUACAAAAUCCAAGGAAAAUCAUCCCGAACUACAUCCCGACGUCGGCGAUGGCUUAUAUUGGUCUGGCCGCUCCAUGCUCGCUCAGGCAAGAUACGCAGAGGCCGUGGAGCUAUUCGAGGAAGGUAUCUCCCUGUGGUCUCAGCUGGGAUCCGAGAGAAAUGCAAAUGCAGUUCAUGCCGAGCAGCUUCUCCACGAAGCUCGACAGAGACUGGAGCAAUUCCAAGGAGAAGCGUCGGGGUAA